UCUAACUACCACUUAAUCAUUCGUUGACGUUGAAACUUGCCCUAUCGAAUUUGGGGAUUUAACAAAACCCUAAAUCGAUCCACUCAUUUCUAAAUUUCAAUUGAUCUUCUUACAUACGCACACACACACACUUUAUUCAACGUUUUCCUAUACGGAUUCGACCGCCAAUUCGCUGUUUUGAUACACCAAACAUGAUUGACACUGAUGUGGACUGUCUAUUGGAGACCUUGAAGCACCUCAUUGACUGCAAUUAUCCUUCAUAUAUUUUCAAAAGUCCAUGGAUUCUUAAAGAGAGGGAUCGGUUCAAGUUGCUGUACAAGGAGCUUACCUCUUUAAGAACGUUUCUUUCGUAUUCCGAGGAGACUCGUUACACAGUCCCGAAAGUGAAAGUUUUGGUUAUAAGGAUCAUAGAUGUAGCAAGCAAGGUAGAAGAUAUGGUUGAUUCAUUUGUUUCUACUUUUGCAGUUAAGAAUCCAAAAGAUUUUAACCAAGAUCCGUGUUUGGAUCUUGACGACGUAAUGCAAGAGAUCCAAGUCAUCAAAGGAGAGAUGAAAUUUGCAAAUCAUGAGGCGCUGAAUGUCUUGAAAGAUGAAGGAAGUUCAUCAAGAGUGAAUAUUGCAGUACCUAAAGAAGAUAAGGUUGUUGGGUUUGAUGUUGAAACAAGAGAAAUACUGGAUACACUUGUUGGGGAUCAAAAGAAACUAGACGUUAUCUCCAUUGUUGGGAUGGGCGGCCUUGGGAAGACCACUCUGGCAAAGAGAGCUUAUUAUGAUAGUUAUGUAACAUACCACUUUUAUAUUCGCGGUUGGGUUACGGUUUCUCAAACAUAUCAAAAGCUGGAUUUGUUGUUGAGUCUUUGUAAUUCUCUUUCAAUCAAGCCUGGAGCUGGAGAAGAGAACAUCGGAAAGUUGUGUGAAUUGAUUUACAAACGGUUAAAAGGUAAACGUUAUCUUAUUGUUAUUGAUGAUAUAUGGAGUGCAGAGGCCUGGAAUGAAAUACGGAUCUGUUUCCCUGAUGACAAUCUCGGAAGCAGAAUUUUAGUAACUAGUCGGCUUAUGAACGUUGCCUCAAACAUCAAACCAGACAGCCCGAUUCACAGGCUUCGUUUUUUAACAGUGGAGGAAAGCUGGGAUCUAUUGCAACAGAAAGUUUUUGCAGAGAAUGGUACUUGCCCUGUAAAUCUACAGGAAACUGGGAAGCAAAUUGCUGAAAGAUGCAGAGGACUGCCACUCGCGAUUCUUGUAAUAUCCGGGCUUCUUGCAAAGUCUGAGAAAUCAGUCGAAUUCUGGUCGCAGGUUUUAGAUAGUAUGGGUUCGUAUAUUGUUAGUGAUUCAGAACAAUGCAUGAACACGUUAUCUUUAAGUUACAAUCACCUGCCACAACACUUGAAAUCAUGCUUUCUUUAUUUUGGAGCAUUUAAGGAAGACUUUGAGAUUGAUGUUAGAAAGCUGAUGUGGCUGUGGGUUGCAGAGGGUUUUGUAAAACCAUGUACAGAUAAUGUAGCAGAGGAGUACUUGAUAGAUCUUAUUGAUAGAAGUCUGGUGAUUGCUGACAAGAAAAGGUCAGAUGGGGGCGUGAAAGUGUGCCGUGUGCAUGAUCUUUUGCAUGAUUGUGUUUAAAAAAAUCCAAAGAAGAGAAAUUUCUUUGCGAAAUCAAAAUCGAGCCAUUUUUAGGGCUGGGUUUUUCUACCAACAAAACGGAUCGCCGUUUAUUCAUCCAUGCUUAUGUGUUGGACUAUGUUUUUUCAAAACCGUUUUCCCCUAGUAUACGUUCUUUUCUGUAUUUGAAAUCGGGUCUCUCCUGUGGCUUCACAAAAGAAAAUGUUUCGUUUAUUUACUCAGCCUUCAAACACAUUCGGGUGUUGGAACUUGUGUCAAUUAUGGCCCCAUUCUUGCCAACUGAAAUAGGGCAGUUAGUUCAGUUGAGAUACUUAUCGUUACGCACUCGAGAACUUGUUAUCCCUGAAUCAAUAUCAACCCUAUGGAAUCUACAAACCCUUGUAAUUUACGAGAUGUCAUACCCGCUUGAUUUUCAGUUUUGUAAAGAUAGUAAUAUGACCAAUUUGAUGAAUAUAUGCAUUUGGCCAUCUGUGAGAUUACAGUACCCUGUGGCAUUACCGAAAGUUCAAACCAUUUCAAAUCUCCAUCUUCCUUUUGGGAGACAGCCCGUGUUGGAUGUGACCCCAAACCUUAAAAGGUUAGCUUGUGUUGUGUUACAACAGCCGUACGGUUCGGUUCUGUUCCCUCCUUUAGACACUUUGGUCCAUCUUGAAAAACUAAAAAUAAAUAUUGAGGUUGAUUAUAGUCAUCGGUUUCUCCCAAAGCAGGCAAGGUUCACUUGUUUGAAUCGGUUACCUCAUACGCUUAAGAAAGUGACAUUUUCCAACUGUUACCUGCCAUGGAAAGAUUUAUCGGAACUUGGGAGAUUACCAAAUCUCGAAAUAUUGAAAUUAUUGCGUGGCCAUUGUCAAGGACCAAGAUGGGAUCCAAAUGAUGGGGAGUUUAAAAAGCUCAAGUUCUUGAAAAUUCAGUCUCCUGAACUUGCAGAAUGGAAUAUGUCGAGUGAUCACUUUCCCGCCCUGGAAAAGUUAGUUAUGGACGGUUGUAGGCGGCUUAAGGAGAUCCCGAUGUGCUUAGGUGAGAUCCCAACCAUGGGAUUGAUUGAGCUGAGGUGGCCUAGACGCUCAGCAGCUGAGUCAGCUAGACAGAUUAUUGAAGAGCAGCAGUGUCUUGGAAAUGAUUGGCUGAAGCUUGUUAUCUUUGAUCGUGAGAAAGAAUUUACACGGCCUUUUGGGGGGAAGCCAUUUCCUGAAUUCUCUGCGCGUUAUAGUAAUACCUCAGAUGAUUCAGAGUAACAGGAUGAUUCAACAUAGGCAAAGGUCUGAAUCAGGUGUUAUUCUAGCAUGUCUGUAUAUUAUCGUUUUUUGCUCCCAAAAGCAUCAACUUUAUGAACCAACUGUUGUCUAAUCUUUGCUUAUUCUUAGACUCUCCGUAGUGGGCUAGCACCCCUUCCACAUCACCGUCAAACCACUACAUGGGGGUGUUAGCCCCUUCUUUGUUACCCACUAAUGGGUGUGAAGGAGAUGUGAGAUGUGGUUCACAAGUUAUCAACCAAUUACUUCAUUUUUAUUUAUUUUAUUUUUCAUUUAUUUAAUUUUUAGUUAAAUACACAUUUGGGGGUUUAGUUAAUUAAAGUCUCGCUACCUACAUGACGUGGCACAAACUUAU